AUGUAUUCAACACGUAAAAAACUUUAUUGGCAACUUGAUUUGCGUUAUAAUGUUACAUUAGAUAAUGAUAUAUUUCGCGUAUUACCUUCAUCACUUACAUCAUUUAUAAGUUCAUCAACAAGUAUUGGACCAGACGGUGAAAUUGAAUUAAAAGAAAGUUUUUCAUUUAAAAUUAAUUUUGUACCCACAAAAUCUGGAACGUACAGGAUGUUCCAAAAGUUCGCCGAAAAAUAUGAUAGGUAUCACCGCGAAGUUUUUCUUGAUACGGAUAAACUUCACAAACAAUGUUGA